GAUCGCCUAAAUUUUAAUUAUGUCUUCACUGACGUGGAUAACAGGGAAAUAAAAGGUUAAGGGGUUGGACCUCAAAGCGGAGUGUUCCAGUAUAAAACUUUGUUGAGACCCCUCCUCCCCCCGGGAAAUGUUACAACUAACUCUUUUAAAGAAUAGACAGUUCCAGACGCCUUUGAACUGGAAAAUCAGCACUGAGAAAAUAAAAUCAUAUGCUUGUGAAAACGAUGUAAGAAAAGUAUCCAAAGAGCCCUUCUGUUAAGUUGUAAACUUAGCAAUAAUUUACCCGUUAAACAACAGAAAUUGCACGAAAAACAAUUUACUACUGAAGCAAGUAAAAAAAAAAAAUACUAGUCAGGAGAGUAGUUACCUAUACGCACGGGCAUACCUGAAAAAGUCGAGGGUGAAAAAAAAAAAAAGGAAACGAAGCCGAAUAAUGAAAAAAAGAGCAAAAGGAUAAGAUGGGUAUAAUAUAAUUAUUUUACGUUCACAGUUUGGCUCAAUUCAUAUAACAACGGACUAUUAAAUCUUUAGUUUUACUCCCAAAUGUCGGCUUCCAGAAAAGAGAUACGUGAUUUAUUGGUGGACCUAUAUUCACAGAUAUAUUUUAGGCCUUAAGUUAAGAAAAGCGACUGACGUGCUUUAGUCCACAUGGUCCAUGAGUCCAAAAAGACGAUGAAGAUUUUUUCAGUUUACAUAGUUACGUCAUUUCAUACAGUGAAAACGCUUCGGCUUACAGUAAUUUCACCGUUUGGGAACAUUGGGCAGAAUUGGGAGAAUUGUGCGUACCUUCGAAAAAAUCCUGGCUAUGCCCCUGCUAGUGAGGAUCGUCCCUUAUUCAACAUUACCCCUCUUUAAGUUGGGAGCAAGCGAGUGCUAAUUUUGGUGGGAAUACUGAUGGCGGCUGCAAGAGUACUGUCGGAAUAAAUAGUUCAGGAACUUUGCCACCGACACUGGCGUUAUUGCAAGGUGGCUUGAAAAAUGACUUAAAAAUUAAAAGUAUGCUAAUUUAUUCCGAUAAUUUAGCUAUCUCUUAUUUUCAGCGUCUUAAAAAUAAAGCCGAAGUUCUCCUUGCGACACUCUUAUAAGCGACCACCUCUAAUUACAAGCGGCAUUCAGUGAAACACCGUUUGAACUGACUUUUAAAAGCGCUGUAAUGUAAAGCUCUCUUAAGCUACAGUUCCUGUAAGCGGACCACUCUUGUGAAUCACUAGCUGGACCGUUUCAUUUGUUUUUAAGUUCUUUUAACCAACCACUACGUCGACACUUAAACAAAAGGAUUAACUUCAUGAUUAAAAUUUUGGGUAAACUAUCGCAAAAGCGCGAAUGGUUCGCUGAUUUGGAAUGACCAAAGUUAUUAAAAAAGAAACUACUUAGUAUUCUUUUACCCAUAUAUGUUCGUAAUAAAGAACACAUGCCUAAAUGUUUAACAGCCCGUAAUUUUGUGUUGCUCCUAAGUAAAAAGCCUGGUCGAGGGUGAAAAGAGAGUGAGAGACUGGGCAGAGCUCCGGGCGUGUAGAGAGACUGUUUCUUAAUCUAACACAUUCCCACGUUUUUUGCUAAGCUAUCGUUUUUGAUCGCCAUUGAGAAACGGCGAGCACUAGUUGCAUAAAAAUGGCUCAGUUUAUUUUACAAAAGAAACAUGAAACUAAGGUUAAGGUUACGAGAGCUAAUUUUGGCAACUGCCAUUGAGUUAACCAUAGGCAACCAGAGUGUCUAAACUAUGAAUACCUACAGCAAAAUUUAUUGUCUUGGGAAAUAGCGAAGAGUGAAAUUUCCCAACUAAGUGUUCGGCUUUAGUCUGUGGGUGAUAAAAUGGGUAUCAAAUACAGUUUAAACCUCUAUGGCUGAAGGCACAAAAGGGCAAUUGAUAUGUAUUUCAUCUGUAUCUGAAUCCAAGUCGAAGGAGGGCCUUCUCCAAUAAAACUGACGUUAAAACCGAGAUGUUGUAAUUGUCAGUUAAUGCUGUAUCCGACCCACUAACCACUAAUGUAAUAAUCGACAACUAUUGUAACACUAUUGUUCGUGAUUUACAUAAAUAACUUGCUUAACUCCUGCAACGCGUCACUUUAUGCAGACGACACUGUAAUUUAUUGCUAUGGUACAUCCUCAAAGGAGUUGAGUGAUAAGUUAAAUAACGAUCUACUGGGUGUGGCGAAAUGGCUUCAUGAUCACAAACUGACUUUAAAUUUGGACAAAACUAAAUGCAUGCUCAUCGGUAGUAAUAGGAAACGCGAAAGCAAAGUAGAUUUGACUGUUUCAAUUUUAGAUCAUAGUAUAAGUAAUGUUCGCAGCUUUAAAUACCUCAGUAUACAUAUAUCUUCGGAUUUCACAUGGACUGAUCAUGUUGAACACCUAACUGGGAAAAUCAAUCAGAGGCUUGGGCUUCUCAAGCGUAUAAAGCAUUUAUUGCCUUUCAGGGCUCGUCUUCUUUUCUAUAAAAGUCUUGUUAUGCCCCUUUUUGAAUAUGCUGAUCUAGUAUGGGGCGAUAAACAUAAUAUUACCCUUAUGUCUAGUUUGCAAGUUUUGCAAAAUAAGGCCGCUAAAGUUAUUUUAAAUAGACCAUUGUACUCAUCCUCCACUGAGGCAUUAGCCGUUCUCAAGUGGCUGCCACUAGAGAAAAGGCGAUUUCAAAGAAGGUGUGUACACGUAUACAAAUGCAUCAAUGGCCUAAUUAAUCACGAUAUGGACUUGAUUAGACAAGACGUACUUGAUAGGCAUAAUACACGUAACAAAGGCAAUUUUAGAUUACCUCGUGUCAAAAGAAAUUGGGGGAAGCAAAGAACACAAUAUCAUGCCGUUUCCGAUUUCAACUCCCUCAGUCAGACGAUCAAAGACUCAAGGAAUGUAAAUAGUUUUAAACGUAAUGUUUUUAAGUUUUUGAUAUAGCUACUUACGUUUAAUUUUUACUUAUACUUAUUUUUAAUUUUUUUAUGCAUUUUUUGUAUCUUUUUAAUCACUUUGUAAUUUUAUAGCUUUUUUUUUGUUUUUAUAAUAUAUAUCUAGUUUUGAGGUCCUUUUUGAAAACCAUAUCUUUUAUGAAAAAAGUUUCCUCAAUAAAGAUGAUUAUUAUUAUUAUUAUUAAGAAAGUCCACGAGGAGGUAUGCUUGUUAGGAAUAAAAAUAUUUUGGAUGAGAAAUAAAACAAUUAUUGAAUUCAGCUUUCGUAUGCUGUGAAGGAUUAUGCCGAUCUCGGAGGCUAUUAUCCACCUCAGCCUUCGGCAUUCUCCUCGAUCUGCAUAAUUCUUCGCAUAUUUAGCCUCAUUCAAUACCCAGAGGGGUACUCCCUUAUAUAAGCCAUAUUAGUAUGUGCCGUCCCAAAGGGUAUGGUUUUUGCUCUGGUUUCGUCUGAAAACUGGUAUAGGCCUUGCCCAAUCGGGUAUGGUUUUCGAGGGAACUACGGGAGUGUAUGAAUGUAGUUAUCGUUUCAAUUCCAAAUGGAUAAGACAGAAAGAAAAAUAUGCGAAUUCGAAAUGAAUUUUAAGAAAUCUUUUUCGUAGGCGUUCUAAUCUAAGUAAUGAUGGCAUAAUUUCUCAGAGGCCAGGGCCCGGUUGCAUAAAACGUCCGUAACAACUACGGGUACACGUACGUGCACUCGUAACUUAAGUCAGUUGCAUGAAAUCACUUAAGUGGUCCACUUAGGGCAUUCACUUACGUGGUUGCACUUACGAUUUUCGUAAGUGUUCACUUAAGUGUCGUUUAUACAAUAGAAAUUGCGGGUGUUGCAUAAAACGUUUUUUACGGGAAAAAUAGCACGUAAAUUUACGGGACCUAUGUAGGUCCCGUAUCGUUACUGUUUUUACUAAACUUAACGAGAUCUUUUACUGAGAAGUGAAAAAAAGUAUUUUUCUUCACGUAAUUCGUUCUAAUGCGCUUUGCUAACCUCUGAUGUACACUUUUGUGAAAAAAGAAGAAGAACUGUCAUUUUCAGUAGAUAUUGAAGAAAAAUAACGUUUGCAUGCAAAUUUCAUUAUUUGAGAGCCUUUAAAGUGUUCGAAACGACUUUUAACUUUCUUUACACUCACCGAUGGUUAGUUUAAAAAAAAAAGAGUGAAUCAUUAAUAAAGUAUUAUAUCAAGGUUACGUGUCCCCUUAAGUGAGCCCGUAAGUUACCACGUAAAACAGAAACUUACGAGAGUGCUACGUGUGUUCCAUGCAACACCCGUAAGUGUACCCAUAACGGAUUCGUAAGUGACCUACUUAAGUGAGCACUUAAGUGCAGGUUUUAUGCAACCGGGCGCAGGGCCCGGUUGCAUAAAACGCCCGUAACAGUUACGAGUAUACGUACGUGUACUCGUAAGUUAAGUGAGUUGCAUUAAAUUACUUACGUGGUCCACUUAGGGAUUUCACUUAAGUGACUGCACUUACGAUUUUCGUAAGUACCCACUUAAGUGUCAUUUAUGCAACAGAAAUUGCGGGUGUUGCAUAAAACUUUUUUUACGCAAAAAAUAGCACGUAAAUUUACGGGACCUAUGUAGGUCCCUUAUCCUUACUGUUUCUACUAAAGUUAACGAGAUCUUUUACUGAGAAGUGAAAAAAAAGUUUUUUUAUUUAAGUAAUUCCGUUCUAAUGCGCUUUGUCAACCUCUGAUGUUCACUUUAUUUAAAGCCGUCCUUCAGAAAAAAAGUAGAACAUGCAAUAAACAUUAUCAGUAAAUAUUCUUGUAAAAUAACGAUGGCAUGCAAACGUAUUUAAAGGAAAGUCGACGGACUUGAUGAGUUGCACUCAUAGGAUAUUAAAAUGUCAAUCUUAUUUGCUGAAUGAUUUGAAAUUAUUUAAAAACCGUCAUCAGCUUCAAUAGAUUAUAAGGAUUGUGAAAAAAAAAACCUAAAACUAAAACAAAAACGAACGAGCAAAUUCCUAACGUUUUUUUCGACCCUCUUCAGUUUCAUUAAUGUCGUCUUGGUACCCUUCAUCAGCAUUGCUGCUGUCGCCCGUAGCUUCUUCUUCAUCAUCGUUUAGAAAAACAUUUCUACAUUUCUAGGAUGUCAAUGAAACGGAAUUCUGAAGAUGAACAAGGCUCUAACCCCAGAAAAAGAGCGCCGAAUUUUAAGACGCAUAAAAUCACGAUUUUUUCUCCGUGAGGUAAAAAGGAGAAAGAUGACUCUAUUCGGUACUUUAUCUCCUACACUGACAUUUAUAUUGAAAAUGCAAACAUGCUUGGAGGUUCACACAGUUAGUAUAGCGGCCGGGUUCCCACCAAGAACCAAGGAACAACUUAAAAAGAAAUGGGAGGACUUGUCGUCAGCCACUAAAGCCAAAUACGCCAAACGAAAGAAGACUGGGGUGCAGGUGCAAUAGAGUGGACUGAUGGUGACGAGCUAAUCACCGAGAUACUCGGAAAAGAAAAUCCCUACCACGUAUCUAUAGUUGGUGGAAUAGACUCUGGGGAUAAUAUCCAAGCCAGAGAACACACCCUUGAUGCUUCAAGUGGCGCCAUUGAGAAACACAGCCUAUCGUCAACUUCAUCGUACCUUCCAGUAGGCCCAGAUAUAGGGUGCUUGAAUGAGAAAGUGGCUAGAGAACUUCGGAGAAGGAGUAAGAAAAAAGGCGUGUAAGGGAAGAACAAACAAAAUAACCAAACUGUACCUGAUUACGACUCUGUUAGGGAACAAGGACAUAGAGAAAGGAACAUUAAGAAGAUAUAUGAAGAGCAUUUAAAAGAAGAGCAUGAUGUCGAAAUGAGAAUUCUGAAAAAGAAGGAACAGCGGCUUGAUCUUGAGUUGCAGUUGUUUAGACGAAAUCUUAACAUUAACAACUAGUUUAGAACCUGUGCAGAUAUUACAUUAAUAAACUAUUUCAGUUAUCAUGUCGAAACUGUUUGGUUAAAUGAUGACACACUUUUUUCUGUCUAUAUAAAACGUUAUCUCAACCGGCUGAAUUUCCCUAAUCAUCUAACAGAGGCUCAAGAGUGUUCGAAACGACCAGGUAAUUUCUUUAUACCCAUCGAUGGUUAGCUUAAAAAAAAUAGAUUGCAUGGGUCAGUAAAAAAGUACUAUAUCAAAGAUACCUGUGCCCUUAAGUGAGCCCGGAAGUUACCACGUAAAAUAGAAACUUACGAGAGUGCUAAGUGCGUUCCAUGCAACACCCGUAAGUGCCGCCAUAACGGAUUCGUAAGUGACCUACUUAAGUGAGCACUUAAGUGCAGGUUUUAUUCAACCGGGCCCAGGGCCCGGUUGCUUAAGACGUCCGUAACAGCUACGGGUACACGUACGUGCUCUCGUAACUUAAGUCAGUUGCAUUAAAUCACUUAAGUGGUCCACUUAGGGAAUUCACUUACGUGGUUGCACUUACGAUUUUCGUAAGUGUUUACUUAAAUGUCGUUUAUGCAACGGAAAUUGCGGGUGUUGCAUAAAACUUUUUUUACGGGAAGAAUAGCACGUAAAUUUACGGGACCUAUGUAGGUCCCCUAUCGUUACUGUUUUUACUAAAUUUAACCAAAUCUUUUACUGAGAAGUGAAAAAAAGUAUUUUUCUUCACGUAAUUCGUUCUAAUGCGCUUUGUUAACCUCUGAUGUACACUUUUGUGAAAAAAGAAGAAGAACUAUCAUUUUCAGUAGAUAUUGAAGAAAAUUAACGUUUGCAUGCAAAUUUCAUUUUUUGAGAGGCUUAAAAGUGUUUGAAACGACUUUUAACUUUAGCUUAAAAAAAAAGAGUGAAUCAUUAAUAAAGUGCUAUAUCAAGGUUCAGUGUGCCCUUAAGUGAGCCCGUAAGUUACCACGUAAAACAGAAACUUACGAGAGCGCUAAGUGUGUUCCAUGCAACACCCGUAAGUGUACCCAUAACGGAUUCUGAAGUGACCUUCUUAAGUGAGCACUUAAGUGCAGGUUUGUAACAGUUACGCGUAUACGUACGUGUACUCGUAACUUUACUGAGUUACAUUAAAUCACUUACGUGGUCCACUUAGGGAUUUCACUUAAAUGGUUGCACUUACGAUUUUCGUAAGUACCCACUUAAGCGUCGUUUCUGCAACAGAAAUGGCGGGUGUUGCAUAAAACUUUUUUUACGGGAAAAAUAGCACGUAAAUUUACGAGACCUAUGUAGGUCCCGUACCUUACCGUUUUUACCAAAGUUAAAGAUUGUUUUUUCUUUACGUAAUUCCUUUCUAAUACGCUUUGUUAACCUCUGAUGUACAAUUUAAAGCCGUCGUUAAGAAAAAAGAGGAAAUCAUUUCCAGUGGAUAAUGAAGUAAAAUAACGAUUCCAUGUAAACUUUAUCUGAAUGAGAGGCUUAAAGGUGUUGAAAACGACUUGACACUUUCUUUACACUAACCAAUGGUUAACAUAAUUUAAAAAAAUGGAGUGAGUCAAAUUAAUAAUUAAAAGUACUAUAACAAAGUUACGUGUGCCCUUAAGUGAGCCCGUAAGUUACCACGUAAAACAGGAACUUAAGAGAGUGCUAAGUGCGUUCCAUGUAACACCCGUAAGUGUACCCAGAACGGAUUCGUAAGUGACCUACUUAAGUGGGCACUUAAGUGUAGGUUUUAUGCAACCGGGCCCAGGUCUGAAAACGGAGGUAAAAAAUAACAUUUUUUGGCCUGAAAUGGGGUUAGGAUUUUUGGGAACCAGGCGGCACGCCCCAUCAAGAAUUCCUAGGAGUACACCCCCUGGAUUAAAUAAUUGGUAAUUACAGUAAACAUCCGCUAAUAAGAACGCGCGGAAAGAGCCUCGUGGCUGAAAUUUCACGCUUUAAUACCCCAGAAUACAACAACCUGUUUAGCCAAGCUAGAUCAAACAGUCUUAUAUUAUAGAUGGUUAUUAGGAUAAACAAUCUAACCAAGGAGUGCAACUUUGAAUUGUAAAUUUAAGUAUAACAAGAAUAAUAGUAAAUGGUACUGAACUGUAUAUCAGUAAAUUCGGUAAUCAGUUUUGUCAGGGUUAUAAUAAUAAAAUUGUGAAUAAAUAAAAAAAAUUAUUUAUUUUUUUGGUAAUCAACACUCUUUCCGCCUUCAUAAAAAUUAGCCUAAAUUGCUAAUAAGUACCCCACAAUAAGGGAACCUAUUUUUCCAGACUUCAAAACAAGUAAAGCUGAGUAGGAGAAUUCCUGUCUCCUGCGCAUGCACUCUAAGCCUUGUUCGUAAGUUAUUAGCGGUUUCAAAUCAAAAGAUAAAAAGUUCUCACCGCGCUCGCGGCGUUGAUUUAAAUUUGUUGUGGUACACGCACAUAUAGUAUCUUCCACCUUACAGUUACUAUUUUCAAGGGAAAAUGUUAGCAUUUAGUCACGGAAACGUUGUCUCCUUCAGGUCUUUUGGCUGCCUGGUUUUUAUUUCCAUGUUACGUCUUGCAUUUCAUGCAGGUUAGUAUGCAUCAUUGUUUGCAAUUCAGUGAAUGGCUUCCGUUCUCUUGUCAAAAGAAUUCGGAUUUCCCAGAAUUCGAGUUACUAGGGGCUUAAAUAUCUACACCAUCUGAAAUAUGGGAAAUAGUGGGGCUAUUUUGGAGAUAAAAGAUUGUGUUGAACGGAGAAUUGGGUAUGCAAUUUCUUUCACGCCACCCACGGGAAUCAACCCAACUACGACAACAGACUGAACUCACUGGCUAGGCGAGGUCACACGUACAAGUGAGUUAAACCAAGUUUAGCUCUUUUUAAUAGGUACCAUUUUGCAACCAAUAUGUGUAUACCUUCCAAAUAGCUGUCUGUGGACCUACGUGAGUAAUGAUGCCAGCAAUGCAGGAUUUCAGAUUAUGAAUGUCUUCCUGCAUGAAAAGGCACUUACAAAUUUCUUUCAUCGGGAAUUUUGAAACCCUGAGGCAUGAGGCGGGAUUGUGUUCCACAUAUCCGUGUCGUUUUUGUCAAUCAACCUCCAUUUUGCACUAUAGUUAGUUUAAUUACACGAUACAUUCAUGCUAAGCUGCGUUGUGCUUAUAUUAAUCAGAACAGGGACUCUGGAACUUAUAAGUAUAAGAUAUAAUUCAUGUGUAAAAUUAUGUUAUGGUUCAGUUCUAUCUUAAAAGACAAUUUCUUUGUUUUAAAUUCAUAAAUACGUAACCAUACGCUCAAGCAAAGGAAAAAAACUUAAACCGAAGAUAAAAAGGAACCUAUAUAUUACAUAUAUCACCAUGUGUUUCAUUCCCCCACUUGAUUUUUUUAUCACUCGCUUACUUUAUUUUUGUGACGCUAUAUUUAGAAUUUUUUUACAGCCAACAGAAAUCCUAAAAAAGUCGAAUGCAUAAAUUUUACAGCAUAUGAAAUUUAAACAAUUAUCCCUGCAAAAAACGAGACUGGCGUUGAAAACUGUAAAAGCAUUAUUAUACCGAUUUAUUUUGCCUCAAUAAGCUACAAUUUCUGAAAUCCAUUUGUUCCCUUCCCGGAGUUUAUUCCGAGUGAACGGGCCCUUGUUUCUUUUGUAUAUUUAAUUACAUUUGCAAAUGUCAUUGUUCAUUUGAUAAGAUAAAUGGCCUUGAAUGGCUUUAAAUUCCUCAGUUUAGCCAAUUUACCUGAGGCACGAGGUCAAUAAGCUUUGAAAUGCAACACUAACUGAACUAUAUCGUGUUAUAUGCGGGUCAGUGUUUGGGUAAGAAAAAUUAUUCAGGUGGCUAUGUUUUACAAGACCAGGAUUAAGAGUGCUAGCCGAACUUUGCGUGUAGCUCCAAAUAAAUGUCCCCUAAAAAUACUGCCCCAGCCCCCGGGGGGCGGCACUUGGGUAUUUUUUGGGUGGGUAUGUGCCUCCCAGGACUCCAAAUUGGCACCCCGUUCUAAAAAAGAAUUUCCCCUAAAAUUGAUACCCAGUUCUAGAAAUGGGCCAACUUUUUAUACCCCAUUCUAGAAUUCGCCCUAACACUGAUACCCCUUUCAAGAAAUGGGCAAAUUUUUUAUACUUCGUUCUAGGGUGCAACAAGAGUGUAACAGUUUGCUUGUUAACGCAUUGAACCGUAUUCUUAAAAGCAAUCUGUCCUUGAAUAAUUUCAAAUCGCUGCUUACAAAACUGGAGCUUUCUUGCGUUCGAAAUGUUAUACCCCGUUCUAGAAAACGCCUCUGAAAUGGAUACCCCGUUCUAAACAAGAAGCUUCAAAAUCACGACCCCGUUGAGCGGCACAAACCUGUAUAGUUAAUGUAUGGGAGUACCCCCCGGCCCACAGCCUCCUCUUUCCAAACAAAAGAUGAACUGCUUUGCUGAAAGUAUACUGUCAAAAGAAGAUGAACUAGGUCUUGAUAAAGUGCGAAAGAAUAUACCUCAAGUAGCUUUUUAAAUAAGAUGACGAUAAAGAAACAGUAGAAAAGGAUUUUGUGGAAUUUGCCCCCCCCCCCCAAGGGGGGUACUCGAUAUAUCCUUGGGUGGGGAGGUGCGGCCCGGUGAUGGCAAAACUGCAUGAUUGAUAGCGGAGCCAGUAAGUUUGUACAAACACACACAUUUGUUUUUCCUUUCGACAUGGUGGACAAGCCAUGCUCUCGUUUUUGCUAUUUUAUGAUACGGUUUGUUAUCUCUCAAAAUGAAACGUUGAGACCGAACUUUCAAUAAGGAAAUAAACGCCUCCUUUGGAUACAGCUAUUUGGAGAAAGGUUGUCGGAAAAACUGUGCACGCGACAAUCCCGAAAGGUAAUAUGGGAUAUGAUCAAUGCACUUUUCCUGACACUGUAGCUGUCGAAUCUACUUUUGUUGCUUUCUUUUAGCACUCGUAAACAUACAUCCAUGGCUUCUCGUGCCAUUCUUUUAAAUUAUUUUGAAAAACAGUGAACUCGAAAUCACCCACAAUACCUUUUGGGAUUGUCGCGUGCACUUUUUCCGACAACCUUUCUUUAAACAGCUGUAUUCACCUUAGCUUCCAUCUCGAAUCAGAAAUUUGAAUACCUCUUAAUCGCUUAUAGUAAUCCAGUUAUCUAGCUGAAGCAUGGAUAAUGGAAUAGCCUGUGUAGCAAGCGUUUUCGUACGGUUUCAGAGCAAUAACUGAAGCUAUACAAAGUCAUUUUCAUAUAUUAAUAAAAUGCCCUGAGGAUAUGUAAAUUAUGAAUAUAAAGGACCACGUUGGGCCCACAACUUGUACUCUACUAUAGGCCCCCUCCAGACUCUUCGUCUGGCUUGGGCUUGUCCCAAGCCAGAGCGAUUCCCCAUACCUAUACUGUUGUUCGCGGGAACGGGACAAUUAAUUGUUAAAACAGAGUCCCUCAGGGAGAAGUGUGUUUUAUAUCGUUUAACAAAUUUAGAGGAUAAAUAUCUUGGAACAAGAUAAUUUAAAUGUUUGUUCACCAUUAAGGCUUUUUGUAUUUGACACUGAGUGCAAUUAAGUUGUCUAAAUAAGCGGUCGGCAUUAGCAUCAGGGGGGGUGUUGGGGUUAGGGUUAGGGGUUAGGGUUAGGGUUAGAGGUUAGGACUCCGCAUGUAAUCUUACAGCCUCAACGUGGCAUUGCUCGUUGCAUGUUAAGCUCAAUUCACCUGCAAUUCGUUAAAAAUGAUCAGGACAAAAAAAAAAAACAAUACAGUUUGUAUAGCAAGUCAAAAGAAUAUCUACUGCCUAUAUCCACCUCAUUCAACAUCAGUUAACAAGGAAGUCAUUGAUGAUUUCGGUGGAAACUGCAACGGAGACUGUGUUAAUGAGCAAAAAGGGCAGGGUUCUGUCGUCACUAUACCGGAUAGGUAUAAAAAGGGAGUAUCCGGCAUAGUAUAAAUGGCAGCUGGAACAAGUCGCUCACAGACAUAUCGAACAUCGUGCUGGAGCGGUUGGCCGAAAGAGUUUGGUACACUAAAUCCCAAUCCUCACUCUGAAUAUUCACCUCGCCUGUUCUCUUAUUUUUUCGCUACGUUCCCAACACCUGUUAAUAAAAGCUUGUGGGGUCGUGUGUUUAAGAAUGAAACUAACCUAAUCUACAUCAAAACAUAUAUACAAAUUAUAUAUAUUAUACGCACACAGUGAUAAGUAAUAUAUAAAAUUCUGUUGUCUGCAUCUUAUAGCAGAUGCAGACGUACAUUCAAACUUGAAAUCUAUAAAAUAAUCUUCAGCGCUGACACGCUUCUUGAGCUGAUUGAAAUUCAGGGUCGCAGAUGCGUCCUUGUCAUUGUAGUUAACAAAGUUCCAUAACAAAGCACCUCUAAAUGAGAGAGAAUCUUCCAUGUAUCUUGACUCGUACCUUGGUACGAGAAGACGGUUCUGCUCUCGAACGAAGUAAGUGCUAUCUCGAUUUUGGCCAAUAUUCUCAUACAUUAUAUCAGGUAAGGAUUCGCUAUGCGCCCUAUAAAAAAGUAAAAUAACAUCUAACUUAUAAUAAAAAGAAAAGGUGGGCCCCUGAACUGAGCACGUCCUCCGAAUCCAUAUCCCUUAGGUAAAUUGUAAAUUAAACGUGCCGCUCUACAGUGAAGCCUGUUCACACUGGGACGAAGACUGGCAAUAAUUCAUCCAAAAUGUGACAAUCCACUUUCAAUAUCGGCGCCGAGCAGCUUCACUCCGACACAGAAAUCGCUACCGCACUCAGUUUGCAUCACACGCUCCACCUAAGAAUAGACAUGGAGGCCUGUUCACACCCCAUAGGAAGUUAGCUCAGGGUCUGACUGCAAGUCUCCUAUGAAAAUUCUCACCGCUGGGAAUAUUCUGGGCCUUUUUGAGGAAAGUUUUCAAAAAUUCGGCUACAUGUACAUUAUAGGCGAUCAAAGGACUGCGAUGGUUCACGAUUAUUCCGUGGGGCGUUCAUACGCGGAAAUAAUUUUGUUUUCAACCCAGAAGCUAAUUCCUUGUUGUUUCGUGAAUUCUUGCCUUGACUAAAACAACAUCAGUGUAUGAUGCCUCGGAAAUUAAGGAAAUCAUGACGAAAAUAGUUUCGAUCAAUAACGCCAAUAACCUUUAUUUUCAUUACUAUAUAACAAAGUAUUACAGUAUUGCAAAAGCCACUUGAAUUUAAUUAUUGAUAUUUCCUUUUUAAAUUAAAUAUUUAAAAUAUUAACUUUAAAUAUAAUAAUUAUUGUUAUUUUCAAGCAUCAGUAGGAUUAGUUAUUCCGAUCAUUUGCUGAUAAGACUUAGUGUCAAAUCAGCCAUUGCAAAGCUAUCUUUUGAGAAGCCCAUUACUUUACCAAAGAACAAUAACCAGCCAAAAAAACGUACAUGGGCUGGGAUAGUGACUUCCACUGGGAUAGUAGGUUUGUUAAGAGUUCUGGUGGAGGUUUGUGUUAGUUAAUGAAUGUUUAGAUCAGUUAAGGUUUCUGGGAAACUGCCCACCUACCCCUCCCCUAAGCUAACAUUAACACUUAAUUCUCGCUUAGGGAAAAAUGAUGGCUUAGGGGAGGGGUAGGUGGGCAGUUUCCCAGAAACCGAAAUUGCGAAUUUUUGAUGAAAUAAAGAAUUUCCCUUUUUAUUCUUUCCUUUUUUAUGCGAUAGAUGUGUCACCCACAGGGACCCUAGACUGUGAAAUAAGUGCACAGACAUGUCAACCUCCUUUGGAGACAAAAACCCGUACAGUAGCGCCGAAAGACUCUAAAGUGACUUUGAACUGCUCGAUUAAGAAUGGGGGAAAAGUACAAGACAUGACCUGGCAGGACCUUGAAAGAAACCUCAGUGCCAAUAACGGUCUAUUCUUACAUCAAAAGAAUUCAAAGGAUAAAAAUCUGUCACGUGAAUGUUUUUCAAUAAAAUAUGCCAGUAAGUAUGUUCUUUUGUAUUAUAGUGAAUUAGUUUUAUUGUCUUAUUUUUAAAUGGAUUUAAUCCGUGACGAAUCCCAUGAGGGCCAAGUAACAGGUUUAGGCAGAUUCAAGCUCAGCUGAGGCAAUUUUUACGGUUGAAUUGAGCGUAAAAACGGUUGAAGUUAUAGCCAGCUGAAUCACCUCACUUGAACAUGGCUCACCGCGAAACUCUAAUUGCUCAUUCCAUGCUGGAGGGCAAGAAAAGCAAAGGGACAUGACAUUAACAAACAAAGGAAUCAUUUUAAAUGAUGUUAGCUUUUUGUUUGGCUUGACUUAGUGCGCAGGGCCUCGCUCUCCAGCAUGGCAAAGUUUGUGCCACAAAAAUGACUUUCUGCAAAGGGCCUAUUCAACAUGAACAAGGCGUGGAGUAAAACACGGCUGUUACGUUUGACUGUAGGUAUCUUAAAAAUCAUUAGCUAAGCGACGACGACGACGACGGCAGUGAAAUCGUCGCUAAAAAAUUAAAUUUGCCUCAUUUCAAAUGUUAUCGCGUCUAUUUGGAGCUGCUUAAUUUGUCAAAUGAGGGCGAAUUCUUAAGGACUUUAUCCAGGUUCAGAAAGGAAAAGGAGAAUUCGUUGUCGUAUGUUCACUUUCUGUAUAACGUCGCGUUAGGAGGUUUCACUUCAUAGUCGUGCAGUGAACGUCAAAGAAAUGUACUAAGAAGCUUAUUAUUAUUAUUGUAUAUGUCAUUGAUGCACGUGCAGCAAUUGCUUUUGGACGUUGUCGUCGUGGUGGUUAAGAUUUUCACAUUUCAGAUUUUGAUAUUUUUUUGCACUAAUUCAAGAGGUUGCUAUAAAAAUUACAAAUAUAUUACCAAAACAAGAAGAAAAAAAACCAGCAAAUUACGUAAUAAAUCCUGAUCAAAGAUGAAAUGUGCGCAGUGGCCAAAGGAACUUAGGCUUUCGAGCUUGUCACUUAAUUAAGCUCCCUAGUUUAAAUGACUGGGUGCAUGACUUACGAGCUUUGAAAUUAAGGCGAAGAAUUCCUUCUCAGUUCCAGUUCAGAGAAUAUAUAGGCCAAGAUCUCCCGUUGACUACUAUCCUGACACGAGAGAAAUGGAACUGAAGUGUACCUUCAAGAGAGAUGACUGUCGUUACCUUAAAAAUCGUGAGCUAAGCAACGACGACGACGGCAGUGAAAAUGUCGCUAAAAAAUUAAAUUUGCCUCAUUUCAAAUGUUAUCGCGUCUAUUUGGAGCUGCUAAAUUUGUAGAAUUUGUCAAAUGUAGACGAUUUCUCUUGGAGGUGAAUUCUUAAGGACUUUAUCCAGGUUCAGAAAGAAAAAGGAGAAUUUGUCGUCGUAUGUUCACUUUCUCUAAUAUAUAGAUUUAGCCAGGGCUAAAAGCGAAGCUCCCAUUAAUAGAUUUAUAAUUUAAAGCAAACAAUAAACUUGUAAUCCACAAAUCAGUUAACUUUAAGGGAAAGCUAAGGCUAAGUGAUUUUAGAGUGAAAAAAAAAUCUUACAUCGAAUUGAUAGCCGUAUAUAUACACCCAAAAAAUAGCAAUUAUCUUCGAUCACACUUUAGAGCCAUAAUGGCUCUUGAUCACUGUAGAUUAGGCCUGGAAAAGGAAUUUUUGGAAAACAAAUCAGACCGAAUUUUUUGCGUUCGACAAGUUUACUUAACAAAAUCUUGCCAACAACUCUGGGAGCGUGUAAACCAACAUUUCAUACUUUUUAUACAUCACAUCUGAAACAGUAAUAUGAGGCGUUGUUUUUAUCAUAUAGACCUCACACAAAAUGCAGUAUUUCACAAUUUUUCAAGACAAAUUGCACUCAUUCAAUCUUCAGAACCGUACGAAGCACGCGUGGGCUUUUAGCAAAACCGUUCCAAAAAUUUCCAAAAUCACCUAUACGGCCAGCCGGUUCUCACUUUUGACAAGCGCCAAAUUUUCAGUGAACAUUAAAAGAGUUACGCGCUUCAACAUAAUAAAGAAUUUAUUGUGUUUAUUUUUUUUAUCAAAUGGUUUUAUAACGAUGUGUAAUCUUAAAAAGCGUUUGAUACGAGCAGCAUUUUGAGUACUCCUGCAAGCGUUGUUUAUGAACGACUGAAAACAAACGGCAAAGCGAUUAAAAUUGUACGAGACUACUAACAAUCAGUAAAAGAAAUGUAAUUCGGUGAAACAUUUACAGAGUCAACAAUUUUCAUUCACGGAGACAAGUAUUAAAGCGUCUCUAAAAAUCCUUAAAGCUUUUAGCCGGCUUCCUGGUGUUUACUGUUUUCAAAGAUGAACUCGAGGCAAGAAAAUCGCUCAAAGCUUUCUUUCUACAGCCAAAAUUAUACCUAAAUACUCUUCGGAACGUUUUUUCGUUCUAUAUGCGGAGAGAAAAUAUCGACUAAAGGCUUUUUAAAGUUCUGUAAGCUUAUAUAUAGUAGAUCAGAUCAUUGUCUCAGGUCUUUAUACAAACGUGCAUAAAUUAGCCUCAUUAGCUGCGCUCGACUUCAUGAAAUUAGAUAUAAAAAAACAAACAUACACUGUAUACAAUAAUUACUUAGGCUUACCAUUCGAGAUGCAGCUCUUGAAAGCUAUAAAGUAAGGCCAGAAUCGCUUGAGGGACUUUUCAACCCGCAUCCAGCAAGGUAAAAACGAAAGCGAUGCAUCCGAAAUCGGAUUUCCAACUUUGGCAACCGGCGCAUUUCCCGACCAAAAAUUCAAUAAACAAACCAGCCAUGAAUCAAAGAAGACUGUUGAUACCAGCUGUAUUUCAUUUUAAGCAUCCAGUGGAAAAAGACAGUAAAAACAUUACAAGUUGACAAAAUACUCUGUCAGCUUCAGCUGUCAAACUGAAAGUAAACAAGGUUGAAGGUGCUGUAUAAAUCAGUUUCUGCAUGAACUCACCUGUCAAAUUUUGACCAAUCAGAGCAUAAAAAUUGGACGGUCGUAGAGCGUGAUCAACGCGUGACUAUGGUGAGAAAAGUGAAAAGCCUCUGUCUUCCCUGCUUGUAUUUUUAAAUUACUGGCUGAAUUUUCGAGUCCGAGAUCAGUUUGAAAUCAAAAUGUUAAUAGCGCGGGGCCAUAGUGACAUUAACACAACACUUUCUGUCAUCAUGUCAUUAUUUUGCUGCCGUUCUCUUUGCCUUUGUAUUUCUCUUUCGCGUUGCCUUUGUCUGUUCAUUCUAGCUCUGUCUCGUUCUGCUUGCCGGCGUUUUUCACUAUAAUUUUCUCUCCUUCUUCUCGCUCUGACUCUUUCUACUUGCUUUCUUUUUUUCAAAACCAGUUGCGCGAUAUAAUUGCGCGACGUUAACGCGUUGCGCCAUGCGAUUUCCCGCCAAAAAAUCUCUACUUUCCCCUACCCCAAGAGUCCAUGCGGACUACUUUCCACUACCCGGAAAGUCCGUACGGACGGACGUACGCUACGUCAUAACCAAAUUUUCUGAGAUGGAUAGUUUACCAAAUUUUCUUACCCAUGGUGCUCCGCUACGCGCGCGCGAAGCGCGCGCGGGAGCUCCGCUAUAAAACGUUGUAUUCCUUGAUUAGGAGGUUUCACUUCAAGCUACUUCAUAGUCUUGCAGUCAACGCCCGGGGGUUACUCCCUUACAUUACGUAUACGGGUAUGUGCCGCCCAAUGGGGUGGAGAUUUUGAAGCUCCUCGUUUGGAACGAGGUAUAAUAUUUUUGUAACACAUGAAAGCUCCAGAUUUGUAAGUAGCCAUUUGAAAUUAUUCAAGGACAGACUGCUUUUUAAAAUACGGUUCAGUGCGUUACCAAGCAACUGUUAUACUCUUGUUGCACCCUAGGACGGGGUAUAAAAAACUGGCCCAUUUCUAAAACGGGGUAUCAAUUUUAGGGGAAAUUUUUUUUAGAACGGGGUGUCAAUUUGGAGUCCCGAGCGGCACAUACCCACCCAAAAAAUAUCCAAGUGCCCCCCCGGGGAGUCAACGUCAAAGAAAUGUACUAAGACGCUUGACGCACGUGCAGCAACUGUUCUUUUCAUGUUAAGUAAUGGUCCAGGUAAGAAGGGAAGCAAUUUCUUUUGUUGUGGCGCAAUACGCUUUCCUCACAUAGAAAUGUUUUCAUUUUUACGCAGAGAAUGCAUAAAUCUACAAAAAGGCUGUUUACGAAAGAAAAUGUAUUUAAACUCCAAUUUUAGAGGGUGUAUUUUUGUGUUAAAACAUUUCGACCAAUCACAAGAGUUGCAAACAAUGGCUAAGAAAUGUUCACAAUUUUACAUGAUCCGCACAUACGAUUUCUGUGUUACUUAGACUUAGACGAGAUUUUGUUAUAAGGAAGUUGGAUAGAAAAAAAGAGAUUAAUAUACAUGCUGCUUUGCGAAGAUUUCGUAAAAUUUGAUGUUUAAACCAAUCAGAACCUCAGUAGAGACAAUAGAAAAGUUAGCACCUUUUUGCAUUCCGACGUGUUCACUGCGUUUUGGUCCUUUCCUUCUUAUCUGGACCAUUACUUAAAACUAAUUGUGUUUUGACGUUGACGUCGUGGUGCUUCAGAUUUUUACAUUUCAGAUUUUGAUAUUUUUUUCCACUAAUUCAAGAGGUUGCUAUAAAAAUCACAAAUAUAUUACAAAAACAGGAAAAAGAAAACCAACAAAUUACAUAAAUCCUGAUCAAAGGUGAAAUGUGCGCAGUGGCCAAAGGAGCUUAGGCUUUCGAGUUGGUCACUUAAGCUCCCUAGCUUAAAAAGACUGGGUGCAUGACUUACGAACUUUGAAAUUAAGACGAAGAAUUCCUUCUCAGUUUCAGUUGAGAGAGUAAGUAAGACAAGUUCUCCCGUUGACUACUAUCCUGACUCGAGAAAAAUGGAACUGAAGUGUACCUUCAAGGGAUGGCCUCGUCCUCGUGUAGUUUGGUACAAUCCAAGUAACAAACAAAUCAUCAACGGAUCUGAAGGGUUUUACAUCUCAGAGCAGCUGGAUGGAGAGGAUACCUUAAGUUCCCUUCUCCGUAAUGCUAAUAUCCAAGAAAAACACGAAGGGACUUAUAAAUGCACUGGAAUGAACAACAUUACAGGCUGGUCGAGUAAAAAGUCAGGGUAUAUUGUCCUGAAUUAUCGCUGUGAGUCAUUUAAUUUCUUAUUUUCAAUACUACACACGGAUGCGCAAAACUAGCUCCUUUGAAGCAGGUUCAUAAAAACAUAAUACCAUGUUUCCCCUGUAAGCAAUGGAAAGUAUCCCAUUUAGACUAAGAGGGACAGCUCAUUCUCUCUUGAUUUAGACGGAAUUAAAUAUUGGGUGUUUCAUGUUUCAAAUAACAGAUUAACUUAUUCCUAAAUGAAUUUAAAAAAAUAUAACUGACAAUUUCGUGCCAGGAAUUUUCAUUUGUUUACCCCCCGGGUCACAAGGGAUAAGUAAAUAAGUAAAUAAAUAAAUAAAUAAUGAUUUAGUGGCGCUAGCUCAUCCACAUAGUGGUUCUGGCUCAAAUUUACCCUGCGCAGCGGGCGGGAUUAACGUGAGAGUGAUGUGUUGUUUUGAUGGCAAUGGCGGAAUAAGGGUGAGAAGCAACAAAACUCCCAACCUGGCCGGCCACAUAUGAUGUUGCCUGAGGAAUCAAGCACAGGACAGUCAUUAAUGAGAGGGGAGUGUUCUCACCUGAAAUGCAGUAGAACCUCUAUAUAAAGAAGUCCUCGGUAUAAUUCACAAUUAUUCCACUUAUUCCACAAGUGUGCGUUAGAUAUGAAUUAGUAGAUAGCAAACGAGGCGCGUAGCACCGAGUUGGCUAUAAUCAUCUAAUAUACAACAAGCGCGAGUGGAAUAAUGAUUCUAUUAAAACGCCCACAAAAUAUCGAGAAUUCUUCCCGACUUUAUUUGUAAACCAACCGACUUUCAUCUUGUUUUUAAUUUUAAACAGACGCGUACAGUUACCAUAUUUGAAGAGCAUGGUAUAAAGGCUCAAAUACCAUGAUGGCUAAGCCAAUCAGAGCUCUAGAAUUGCAUGAUCCAAUGAUUCAAUUUUUAAUGAUAAGCGAUACUCUCCGCCCCAUAAAUAAUACAGUAAAACCCCGUAAAUCCCGACACUGAAGGGGCCGUACUGAGAAAAUGUCUGUAUUCACGGGGUGGCCUUAUUAAGCUGGUAGAAAAUGAAAGGGCUUUCUUUCCCCAGGGACAAAGCAAACCGUCUGUAGCAAUGAGAUGUCUGUAUUGAGCGGAUUUUCAUACUGGAACGGGGUUUAACUGUACAAUAAAUAAAAGGAACCUCGAUAUAACAAUUUAAACCUCUUUAUGGCGAGCAUAUUUUGCCAGUCCUUUGGGUCUUCGUUCAGCUGUUCGUUAUAUCGAGAUUCCAAUGUAAAGUGUUAUGUGAUUGUUAAAAAGAGAAAACGAGAGCCCGAAUAGCUAUUGAAAUCAACCCUUAGUAGCACAGGCCAUAUUGGUGGGAGGUAAGAGAAAUGGGGUUCAUCCGAUCAACCGAUCGUUACAGCGUCUUUAUGGACGGCGUGACGAGACAAGUCGCAAAGGAGGAAACCAGUGGGAUAAACAAAAUCAACACGUAAAACCUCCAAAGCUCACAAAUACUCAGGAGGGGAGGGUAAGAAUAAAAAUGUUACCCCUUACGGUUGCACAAAAAAAUAGUAACCAUUUUCAAAUAACAUUUGCUCAUCAUAUCUUCUUAUCAUCUAAUACAGGUUUAUGGCCUAAAGCUCCGCAGAUUUCUUCUCUUACGGUUUCGGUGACAGCCUACUUCAAUGUCAGUUUAAAGUGCUUAGCAUUUGUUAGGCCAAGCGACUGUUGGGACAAUUCUUUACGGUGGUAUUUUAACAACAGCCCAGCGGAAUUAAAAUCUGGUGAAAAGUAUGAUAUACAAGAGAUGACAACCAACACCAAAUGCAAAAAAGAUUUCAUUCUCACAAUUGUUAACGUUACUGAAGCAGACGAGGGAAAGUAUAAAUGUCAGUGGCUCUGCGAGAAUGACGAGUCCGAGUCUUCAAUUAUCCAGUUGAAAGUAUUUCCUCCUCCAGAAGAAGGUACUGAUACUCAAGUGAUAUCUAAAGGACUUGUGUCACGAAAUUUAUCAAAUUUAAAAAGUGGAAAACGCCACCAAAUUGAGUGAAACAUAAAAAUAACCGCUCAAAACCCAAGGGGGGGGUACGGUACUUGUGUAAAUGUGUAAUUUUCGCGAUCCCAACUUAGUCGCUUUCUAUUUUAAUGAAUUGACCCAUUUUUUAGAUUAAAUGAAGAACACUUUACUUUUCAUCUGCAGUACAAACAAUUCUGGUACGUUUGCUAACCAUAAAUAUGGAGAACUGUCUUAUCCCAAAAACCCGGAAAUGUGCGACCCCAUUAUAGUCAACCCAGUCGUGAAAAAGGGACCCCAUCCAGCGGCACAUCCCCAUUUAGCCUCUUAUAAGGAAGUUCCCCACCCCCCCCCCUUCCCUCGGGCUCACAACAGUAACACAGCAAAUGCAAAAGGAGUCAUAUCAUGUGAGGACAAGCUUGAAAAGUUGAAACUGAUAGCAACUAAGUGUUGCAUUAGAAAACGAAGAAUCCAAUCAGAAGAAUAACUCGCAAUUGUAUAACAGUAAUAUCAUUCGAUCUGAAAUCAAAUUGUAAAAAUAUGUUUUAUUCAAAAAGUGUAAUCAAAUAAUUGAUUCAUGAAACUAGAAAAAGCGGAAUAAAUGCCGAUGAAAGCUGAACGUUGAUACAAGCGAAAUCACGUCGUUCUUGAAACAAACUGAAUUUACGCUACUUCAAGUCUGUUUAAAAGGUAACGAAAGAACGGACUAAAUUAACAAAACCAAGGUAACAUACAGUUCACUUACUUCUAUGGCGACUGUUUUCUUAAAUGUCCUGGAAGAAGCAUUAAAUCGGUCUGGGUAGCAGUUAAACUGGUAACACUUUGAUCCUUGCAGUACGGCGGUCGGCAAAAAACUUAUAAAAACUCGAACAAAGCGGAUACUUUUGUGCUUCCUGUUGGGCGUUUACGGUUUUCCUACUAUUGUCACCUAGAUUAAAUAUAAAGAUUCCUUGAAUAGUUCUUUUAUUACGUUAACACUCUUUUUUUUUUGUCCGUAACUUUUCAUAAAAUGUUUGGGGACAAAUGUGUUUGACAUGAAGCAGCGAUUUUGUCAUUUGCAAGUGAUUUCUUAACUUACGCUGAGUUCCACUAAGAAUAAAGGAUAUAUUUGGUAAUAUUAUCAAAAUGAACCAGCAAAUCAUGACGUCACAGCCCAUUUGUUCCGGUGAGAGGGUACUCCCUUUGUAAGCGAAUUGUUUAAAACCAUUUGGGUCUGAGACAGGGAAAGGUUUUGCGCCGUUUGGAUACAGUGUCUGAAAUUACAUGUUCGUGCAUGAGUUUUUGAUAUUUUUGUUGUUGCUAUUGUUUUAAAUCAUCCGCCUUCAGGUCUGUAAAUAGGGUAGGAAAAGUCGUACUCUACUGAAACAGGUAAAUAGCGAAUUCCAUAAAUACGUGCACUUGAAAUUUUCUUUUAAACGGAUAGGGCAAUAGAAGUGUCAAGUUUACUUCUGUUUUUGAAAUAAUUAUAGUAUUAAUUAUAGCUGAAAUUUCCACUCGUGCGGCUAUUUAUUACUAGGUGCCAGACAAUAACGCUGUCGCGAUACCCAAGCAGGGGACGGCGAAUCGUAACACCCUCCUUUAUCUAAAUAAUCGUUUCACAUGAUACAAUAGCCGAAUCAGAAUCCAGCAUCUGGGUUGAGUAAUAUAUUAGGUUCCAGACCUCCUAUAUAUUAGGGAAGGUUUGGCACAUGCGCAGUUGCAUUAAAGAAUGACUGACAAAUCAUGGUUCAUUUGGUCUUGUUGUUUAAGACCAGAAUAUUACAUAUAUAUUAUAUUAGGUCAAGUUGGAGAGGAUGUGGACAGUAAAGAAGAUAUUGCAAGUUAUAUCGAGAGAGUGGAAUUGUAUUUUGCGGCGAAUUAUGUCAAGGCGGAUUACAAAGUUGCUACGUUUCUAGCGUUUAUCGGAGCAGAUGCAUACGGCGUGCCGCGAAAUUUGUUAGCCCCUGAACGUCCAAAAGAUAAGUCUUUUGUGCAAUAGUAUGAAAAGCUGACUGAACGAUUUGGAAACCCAGCUCUAAUUUCAAAGUCACUGAUCAACAGGUUCCUGGAGAUAUCAGCAGAUCAGUAUGAAAACAAUUUGACAACUCGCGCAACAUUGUGAGAACAUUCAUGGAGCAGGCUUUAGACCAGAAACUAAUAUGCAGCAAAUUUUUGCAGAGCUACCUCCAAAAAUUGCAGUAACGUGAUGCAGGCAAAAGUUAAAGCUACAGCCCAAAUAAGUCGACCUUAGCGACCUAGAUGAGUGGCUGAAACCGAGAGAAAAGUCGAAGUGAUAGCCUUUGGUUGCUCCAGUAAUAUAGAGAAUCCUGAACAAGAGAAACCCAAGUCAAAUUCAAACAUAUCGAAGUGGCUCAGGAGAAAGAACGCGCGAAGACUCGUGUAAUGUUUUGUGAGCUAAGAAAAACAUGUACUGACAUUGUAUGAAACCUGGAAGAAUCAACUGUAAGUGAACGAUUGUAAUUAUAAGAGAGGUUGGGUUUGUGCUUUAGCUGCCACAGUAGAGGACAUAGUCGGCUAAGACAUUCCAAUCCUCGCAAGAAGCCACAGGAGAGACGUCAUCACCUGGAGUACCAACUAAUCAGAUAGAUAGAUAGAUAAAUAGAUAGAUAAUCUAUAUUUAUCCACGGUACAAAAUUCGUCAGCUUUAAAAAUGCCUAAUACUAAUAUAAUAAAAAUAUUUAAAUAAAAAAGCUGCUUUCCACGAAUGCCGUGCCUUACAGUUCUUUGAGUAAUCGUUUAAAUUACCCAAGGGACUCUGCUUCCCUUAAGUUACAAGGAAGACUGUUCCAGAGAAUGGCGCCACUAUAGCUGAGGCUGUUUUUGUAAUAGUUUGUGCGCGGUAAUGGAACAUUGAGUUUAUUUUCAGAGUCCCUUAGGUUAUAUGCGACUUCUCGCCUUUCAAAUUUAGAACUAAGAUAGUUUGGAGCCAACCCGUGCAGAGAACUGUAAACCAUCGUAGCUCUUUGAAAUUGUUGCUGGCAAGCUAGGUUUUUCCACCCUAGAAGUUUGAAAAGGUGACCAGCAUCUACUUCAUAGCUUGAGUAGGUCAAAACACGGGCUGCUCUGUUUUGUAGCUUUUGAACCUUAUUCCGUAAGGUUAUCCCACAGUUUCCCCAAACAAUGUUGCAAUAAUCAAAGUGUGGCUGUAUUAAAGCUUGAUAUAUUAGUUGUAAGGUCGCCUGAGGGACAAGGUGCCUUAUUCGUUUUAUGGCCCCAAUACCAGAAGCGACUUUCUUUGUUACUUUCUCGAUAUGGCCACUCCAAUCAAGUCUGUCAUCGAUGGUCACUCCAAGUGAUUUUGCAGUAGUGACCUGGCUAACUUCAAAAUCAUUAAUUGCAAAUGUCGGGGACUCUGUGAGAGUACUUAGCCUCUGCCUAGAUCCGAUAAGCAUAAAUUCGGUUUUUAGUCAUAUUUAGAGUAAGUUUGUUUGCUCUCAGCCAAGUGUGAACAUUUUCUAAAUCUUGAUUUAGAUGCAACUGAAUAUUGUCUGCAUUAUCACCUGCGUACGUAAGGUGGGUGUCAUCAGCGUACAUCCUCGGCUCACAAUUUGAAAGACAGUUUGGAAGAUCGUUGAUGUAUAACAGAAAUAAUAAUGGACCUAAAAUCGUCCCCUGGGGAACACCACAACUUAAUAAACAGCUUUGAGAGAGCGUUCCGUUGAUGGAGCACAUUUGAGUACGAUUCUCUAAAUACGACUUAAACCAUUGGUGCGCGUUACCAUAUAUACCGUAAUUGCUUAAUUUUGAUAAAAGGAUCUCAUGGUCAUCUGUGUCGAAGGCCUUUUUGAGAUCUAAGAAAACAACGGCGUUGAUUUUACCGCGGUCAAUAUUGUACGCCCAAGUGUCCGUGGCCUCAAGGAGAGCCGUGACAGUUGAGUGAAUAGCGCGAAAGCCUGAUUGAUAUUUACAGAUUAUAUUGUGCUCUUCUAGGUAGGCAUAUAAUUGAUCAUAGACGAUUCUUUCAAAGACCUUGGCCAUAAUUGAGAUCACCGAAAUUGGACGAUAAUUGUUUAAGUCGUCCCGAUCGCCUUGUUUAAAAAGUGGGGUGACCUUUGCGCAUUUCCAGUCAUCCGGAAAUAUGCCUUGACUUAUUGACUGGUUAAAAAUAUCACGGAUAGGAAUGCAAAUGAGAUCUGCACAUUUCCGAAUGAGCCUAACAGAUAUCUUGUCAAGGCCAGCUGCCUUUGACCUAUUUAGACGAUUCAAAAGUGAGAGAACUUUAUUUUUACUGGUCGUAUGGAGCUGAAACCGUUUAUCUGUGCCAGUGCGGUACGUUUGAUAACCAUCACUAUUUGAGGAAUCAAUAUUGCUAGCAAGUUCUGGACCGAUAGUAGCAAAGUGAUUAUUAAAUUGGUUCGACAGCACAGUUGGAUUUGUUAUUGAUACUCCAUUUACUUUCAGAGAUGUCACCGAUUUUUUCCCAGAUUUUCGCGAAGUAAGUUCAUUGAUAGUCUGCCAGGUCUUUUUAUAAUCGCCCGUAUGCUUGUUAAAACUAUUUUGAUAAUAGGCUUGCUUGGCUAACCUGAUUUCGCUAUUUACUAUAUUGCGUUGUUUUUUAAAAAGUGACCAGUCAUUUGAAUCAUUCGAUUUACUUGCUUUAAUCUUUAGAAUAUCCCGAUCAUGCAUUCGUUUCUUAAGCUCAGAUGUAAUCCAUGGGGAACUACGCGUGCGAACACGCAUUGUCCUCAAGGGAGCAUGCUUGUUAACAAUAGAUAGAAACGAGCAUUUCCAUUGUAGCCACAUUUGAUUGGGAUCAGUUGAAUUGUAUAUGUGAUCCCAACAAUGAGAUGCAAUAUCAUUCCGAAAAUUUAUUCGAUUAAAUUUUCGAGAGUUUCUGUAGGUUAUAGCAUUGUACCCACCAGACAUUCCAUUCACGGAUAAUUUUCGAUAGGCAAAAACUAUGCUAUGAUCGCUAAUACUGAUAUGACGAACCCCCGAACACACAACUCUAUCUGGACAAUUAGUAUAGAUUACAUCAAUCAAAGUUGCAGAAGUCGGAGUUUUUCUGGUUGGUUCAGUGAUAAGUUGCUGUAGACCAUAAAUAUCAGUGAUACUCAUUAAUGUGCAUGUACUAUUGUCAUAUCGAGUAGCAAUCAUGUCGCAGUUAGGGUCUCCCAUUAGAAAAUAUUCAAUAUUUUCGGAAUCGAGUUUCCCAAUUAAAGUUUCGAAAGGUGAAAAACUACCAAUAGGAGAAUCAGGUGGUCUAUACCACGUGGCAACAACAAACGGUUUAGAUCUAGGUUUUUGAAUUUCCAGACAUAGAUUUUCAAGAGUGUCCAUGUUUAAAUCAUUUCGUAUGGUAAAAUUUAUUGAACUUUUCACAUAGAAACACACUCCUCCUCCACCGUUUGUAAUUCUAUCACGUCGAAUUAUAUCAUAGCCAGAGAUGUUGACUUCAUUGUUGCUAAUAGUUUCAUUGAGCUUAGUUUCAUUAAUCGAUAAAAUAUCUAUUUCGUUAUGCGCUAGAAGAAUUCUAAGUUGAUCUAUGUGUGUGAUUAAUUUAUUGAUAUUUAAAGAGGCUAAUUUAAAACCUCGUUGAGAUGGCAACACUGAGGUAGGCUCAUGAGAUUCCUCAGUAUUGCGUUUUGUACAUUGAAUAGGCACGGCAUCGGUGGAUAGCGUAUCAUUUCAACCUAAACUCAUCUGAAAGUUCUUAAAAAACUGUUGAUUACCUUUAAAAUUAAGAUGUAGUCCGCCCUUGUUAAGUUCCUUUUCGGAGAUGUUUUGAUGCUGGAUAAAUUUCCAUCCAUUCUGCCGGCAGAAGAACUUCAGUUGUUUAUUAAAUGUUUUCACGGCUUCAUUGAAUCCGUCUCUUCUUUGCACGAGCUCAGAUAUAAUUACUGUGGCAUGGGAUGAGUUUUCAAUUUGUCUGGCGAGAUCUACCACUGAGCCGGCAACUUGUUGUGGUUCUUUACUUUUGAGAUCAUUAGUGCCCACAUGCAGAAUCACUUGGUCCGGUGAAAGCUCCAAAUUAGGUUUAAGGUAAUCCUUCAUAGCUUUGGUGGUGGCACCGGAGAACGAUUUAACCACCACCCGAUGACCAACGGCCUUUCCUAAACGUGUACCUUGGAUAUUCUUUAUCAUAGAGUCUCCAAUCAACAAGGUAGUACUUUCGUUUGCUGGCGUGGAAUUUUCCGUGUCAUCAUGGGCGUUGGACUGUGUUUCACUGAUCUUCUUUCUCCUUGUUUUGUUCUUUUUCUUUUUCGCGUCAACGGUUUGCCAUUCGUUUUCAGGAUUAGAGCUCUCAUUAGACUGGGCAUUAUCACUCCUUGAGUUUCCUUGAGGGGCAGUUACCUGGUAACUCUGAUUCCUCUGUUGUUGACGCUCUCCUACACUCAUUUCCUGCAUAAUAAGCUUUAAUGCUAAUUUUAGGGAGUCGUUUUCCUGAUCACACGAGCUGUUGAGGUUCUGAAGACUUGAACCGGUAAGUGUGCCACGCCCUGAAAGGGUAGCGCUGCAGAUGAUGCCCACCAUAUUGAUGGUGGGUCUGGGUCGUCCUUUCUCAAGAGGAGAUCGCUGAUAUACUGGGUUUGCACGCACUCUGUGUUGCUGCUUUUGCAGCGAAGUCGAAUGUAACGGAUAUCUAAACUGACUAUAACUGUCCGCCAGCCUUGAGGGUAUGAAUGGGAGCAACAAGAAGCAAUUUUUUGUGGAAAUUUGUGAAAUGAAAGCAAUUGAUUGGUCCGUCAAUGCAAGAAAUUAGAUCAUAAUCGCGACCUGGAGAUCAUAGAGCCAGUUCAACAUAUAGAAGUUGAUUGAGAAGUGAUUAUUAUGAGGAACUCAUUUUCCCACUUGAAUAUUGCAAAGGACAUCUGGGGGAGUAAGAGUAAGAGUAAGGAAAACCACUCGCAUGGAAAAUAGUUGGAAAUGUCUCGGAUGAAGCAAAGGAGUGUCAUGAGGCUUGCCAUGUUUACACAUAUACCAUGCGACCAAUAACUCCAAAAUGAGGGCCGAUGAGCUAAUGCAGAAGAUGUGGGACAAAGACGUUGUGGGAAUUGCUGAUCAAAACAAGCGCUUGACAGCGGAGGAGGUGCUUGCUGCGCGCAAAGAGACACAACCAAGGCGUUAUGCUGAGUGGCUAUGAAGUGGCAAUUCCAUGGAAGGUUGAUGAUACGCCGUUGUGUUCAAACAGAAAGACUGCUGAAAACCGACUUAUCUCUAGAGAAACACCUUCAGCCAAGGCUGGAGGUUGCUGAGAAAUACUGCCAGGUGAUAGAAGCCAAGGUAUGAAAGAAUGAAUCCAAGGGUUAAUUUCGGAUUACAUCCAGUUGUACCUACCUCAUUUUCAUGUAGUGAGAGAAGACAAAGAGAUCACUAAAGUGAGGAUAGUCUACGAUUCAGUAGCCAUAUACGGAGGAAUAACCCAUAAUAGCAUGUUGCCUGGACCAAAGCUGAACAAGAUGUUUUUUUUAAUGCGCUAUUGCGUUUCCGCAGUUAUCUUGUGGCCGUGGUGGCACAUCUGACGGAAAUCUGAGGUGGAGGUUACACCUCUCUAGGCUUCCAGAAGUCUUUGAAGCGAUGAGCUUGACGUUCGAUGACCGCGCCUCACUUCACCUUGCCCAGUACGUUGUGCGACAACAUGCAGAAGAUAACAGAAAUGACCACUCGCUAGCAAUAGCCAUAAUCCUAUUACAGGUGCAGGUGGAUGACAUUAUGACUUCAUUGAGCACUAACGAUGAAGCGAUUAAAGCUCGAGAAUAACUUAGGUGCCACCUGGCAAGGCAGGCUUCAAAAUGCGGACUGGGUGUAGUAACACGCCAGAACUGUCUUGCAUGAAAGCAUAAGGAAAGCAAUAAGAAUGUGAGACGGAUGUGUUUAACUUUUUUCAAGUUGAAUCCCCUGCAGGAUGUUGUCUGUACCAAACGAAGGUUCGUAAAGAAAUUUUCUAUGCUUUUUUACCCAUUACAGAUGCUAGGGGAUGGAUGGAUAUGCAGGGAACAUGGUUACUGGAUUUAAAAUAGGACUACUUACAGAAGACGUAUCCAGAAUAAAUUAUUAAUGAUUCAGUGAGUUACAAAUCGGAAACUAAAGUGACCGUCUCUCCAGCCUGAAUUUUUUCAGGUUCUUUUUCAACCAUCUAUCGCAUUGCUGAGAACAUUGUUGUUUACACAUCUAUUCAUACAAUGGGGGACGCGUCGCUGUUGGCAUAUGUAGAUAUAACUUACGUUGGGCACAAAUAUGAAGAUGCAGCUCGAGGAGAAGAAGGGAAGCAGGUUUGAGCCCUUGGCCAGAAAGAAAGGUGUAAGAGUUGUUAGAGAUUUCCUUCGAGAGCUGUACACUCUGAACAGACAGUAAGGACGUCUUUUUCUGGAUCCAGAGUCAGUCGAGGAGGUCUUAGACUUCUGUCGCCAACGGGAUAUUUAACAAUUGUUCCUCGAGCCCGAAUGGGCUAUUGACUCAGAGGCCACGAGGGCUCGAGAAAUAAAGAAAAAAAAAACACUCUGUUUGUUAAAAACAGGGACCCCAUGGAAUCGUUGGGUAAUGAUGACCUUUCACCCCUGAACUCCCCCAAGUAUUAAAUACUUAGGGAUGACGUAAACAGAAAAUGCCUGAAGGGAUCGCUUGGGUUAAUUUUGUGACAUUUACUGCACCUUUAUACUUCUACUGUUGUGCGUUUCGUCUGUUUAGCUUAUUAGCAGAAGGAUGCACGAUUACAGACAUUUGCCUACAAUUCAUUUCUGUGCUGACGUAUUCCCUCUUUACAAAUUUCCCUUUUCAUUUCCAAAUUCUUUCCCCGGCUGUUAAAAUGAAUUGCAUGUAAAAAGUAAAAGAGGAAUAAAGGAAAUUACACCUUCUAAUAAAAUCUUUCGUUAUAGUUAAAAGAAUUCUUGAGCCUGAUAGUGUUUUGAUCAAAGCAGCGUAAAUCGAUUUGAAUCAGUGCAUGGAAUCUUGCGUUUUCUGUUUUUAUCUCCCAAUAUGAUAUCAAUAUGAAUCUGUAAAUUUCAAAGAGCUACACAAGAGUCAUACAAAGGCAAGGGAUACAAUUGACCGAAAAAAAAAAGAAAAAGAAAAAGGGACGUUGUAAUGUCAACUACAUUAAACACCAGCAUAUAUAUAAGAACUAACACAGCAACUCACAUGUUUCACCUAUACUAGUAAUCGUAUUUGUUUCGCUUUUCGUUUGAAAUUUCCUUUUUUGUAUCGAUGAAAGUAAUAUGUUGAUGACGUUUCCCCUUUACCAACUUUAUUUGCAGAUUUUUCGACACCAUCGUCACAAAAUACCACAAACUCAACUUCAACAGGUUAGUGAUGUUAAGGGGUGGUCACUAAGUAUAGUGUUGCAAUGGGACUAAUUUUUGUGGCGGAUCCAGACCUUCAGAUAAGGGAAGGGUAGGGGGGGGCGGUAAUCCAGACCCUGAGAUAAGGGGGGGCGGUCUUAAAAAUUUUUUUUCGACCUUUCAGGCCUCAGUUUGGUCCAAACAUAACGGGGAGCCCCGGGCCCCCCGGGCCCCUCUCCUGGAUUCGCCUCUGAAUUGCCAACCAAAUCUAAAACUAGUAUCCAGAUCUUAUCGCUUUUCAAAUAAUACGAAACAGUGGAAGAAAACAGAACCACCCUGAGUCCUGAGUCGCUGGACUGUUAUGAGAAUUCAAAAGUAAUUACCGGGUAUCAGUGAAACGCGGGGAGACCAAAAUCCAAAAUUUACACCCCUAAGCGAGACGACGAGCAUCUCCACCACUUUCAUAUGCGGCGUCCCCCCCGGGGGGGUAAAAUUACAGUGUUUGGAUGGGGUAAAAAUACGAUCCUAAAAUUUCUAGAAAAUACUAAAUAAAAAUAAGUGAAACUUACUCUGCAGUUAGUUGUUGUCCUUAAUGCUCCAACGAAGUUUCGUCAUAGUUUGUUGAAAUUCACUCUAGAUACAAUAAUAACAUACAAGGUGGGAGACACGAGAUGCCAUCUUCGCCGCCAUGCUCCCUUUCAACACAACUUUUUUCACGAAAUUCGAACUCCAACAGAAAAUAAACAUGCCAGGAUCGUAGAAAUAGAAAAGCAGCAGAUAUAGAAACCAAUGAAGCUUUCCCAGAUAGAGAAACGAAUCCCACAGACUUUGACAAACUCGAAGGAUAUAAUCCAAAAAGACCGAGAACAUGCUUGCCAAAGUAGCCGGGCAAGAUCAACCCGCGGCCAAGAAAAGAAGGCCUGAGCACUGUACAAAAAGAAUCCAUCCCGGGAGUCCUGGGGUGACCUUUCUGCAGAGUAAGGUUUAUUGAUCUUUAUUUAGUAUUUUCUAGAAAUUUUAGGAUCGUAUUUUUGCCCCAACACUGUAAUUUUACUGGAACCGGACUGUGGUACUAUCACCCUGGGUUUGGUACUGGUUUUGCCUUUCUGAGCAACUUUUGAGCAAAAUAUAGGUUUAGUGGCCCCUCGGUUUAAAGCACAAAUCAAACACGAAAAAGUCAACGGUUUCAUAGAAAACUUCAAUGUUUUUAAUUUCUUUUUUAUUGUUUUUGAAAUUUUUUGAAAUUUUUUAUUUUUUUUUUCUUGACCGAUGUUAGUAAUUAUUGUGAAGAACGAAAAAUAAAGCUUUUAAUUAACGUUUAUAUAAAAAUAUCAAAAAAUUUAGGUGGCAACUUUUGAAAUUUAGGUAGCAAGUUUUUGGCAUUCCAGUGAGCAAAUUUCAAGCAUUUUACGAGCACAGUUGGGAAAGGCCUAAUCCCGGGGGGGAUACUCUCUAUAAUGGCAUAUACGGGGGCUUAAAAACGGGUACCUUUUUCAGGCAUUACAUCGAUGAAAGGGUAGGGAUUUUACUUGGUAAACUACAUGAAAGGGUGGUUCUAUCUCAGCGAUCGUCGUCGCUGCGAACUCUGAAAAGUCAGGUUUCCAUAUGAUCGCUAUGAUCGCUGCGAUAGCUGACCUUUUUUUCUCAGCGAUCGCAGCAAUCAGAGCGAGCGUAGCAAUCGUAGCGAUCAUAUGGAAACCAGGCUUUAAGCUCCCUGUUAUCCUGCGUCAGGUCGCAGACAUAAUGUACCAGUCAAUAACAAAACUGCCCAUGCCCCCGCGCAGACCCCUGGGAAUCUGACUUUUUUUGAAGGUUUUGGUCGGUAUGUUGGCAGCUUAGAUGGUCAAAUAGCCCAUCAACUAGCGCUUCAAAAAGUGUCAAAUCCCUCCCACUCCAUUAGCGACUUUUCAUGAUCAAAAAUUUUCCCCAUGCGUCAAACCGUUUAUUCAAAUCUAAAUUUCCUCCUAAACCCAACCUUGGAACAAGGUUGCCGAAAUAUCUCAAGUCUUGGAAAACUGUCUUAUGGAGAUUUGUUCGUUCCAAUAACAUUGUUCAUUUCAGAAAGCCCGCAUUUAACUGGCUCUUUCAAGCUACGUGCAAACGGACGCAAUGUUGGGAGUUGUUGGCCAACAAUGUUGCUCCAACAAUGUUGCGUGCGUUUGUACGUAGCUUCAAAGGCUCUCAAAUGCUCCAACAAAACAAUGAAUAUAGGAGCAAUGACAUCAAUAAACCUUGAACGUGAUGUACACGCUGAACGAAACGCUGACCAACAUUUUGAGACGAAAGUCAAUGUCCGACAGGAAAAUUACCCGAGGUAUGCCUGGGGAGUGGGAGGUUUUGGAAUUAACUGGUAAAUAAUCUAACCCUUGUUAGAAGUUUAGUUCCGUCUUUGGCUUAGGCUAGCUAGAUGGAUUAAGGCUCGGUACUGAUAAACGUUCGGCUGGUGCACGAUAUACCACGCGAAUAGCAAGUCUCGAGAUACGUCACAAAGAACACAACAAUGAUCGUUAUCUCUUACACAAUUAUAACACAAUAGACUUCACACAAUAGAAAGAGACAAUAGUGCAUACAUUGACUUGGUACAUCGAGCAUCACCCAAACAUUCACUCAUUUGUUUAAUACCCACUUUUAACUGAAUCUGGAUUUCUAAUUUCUUUCUAGUAGCAACAACCGGCCAGGGUAACAGCAAGUCAGCUGACAAGUGGAUUCCAGCGGUUGCGAUUUUAACGUCUGGAGUUGGCCUUGUUUUUGAUCGUGUUUGCGGCGUAUCACUUUAUUAGCAAACAGUUUGGCAAAGGAUACCGCGCGUGUAAACGUAAGAUGAGACUCAAUCAUUUAUCAAGCAAAGGAAAUCACUAAAAGGGGCCUUGUCACGAGGAUACUGUAGAAGGCCUAAAUGUAAUAAAGUCCUAAAAACGUAAAAACAACUUGCCCUAAAUGUAAUAAACUCUUAAGUUGCCAAUUACAGUAAUCAGACUUGAAUAAGUGUAGCCCUCAAAUAAGCGCCGCAUUUAAGGGGACGUUAAUUAUUAUUCGUGUAAAUACGGUGCUAAGGUUGUGUUUUCACUAGGGCGAUUAACUAGCUCAACAUUCUUUCUAGGAUUUGUUUACAAACCGACUUUAACUAGUUAAACGUGACAACUGUUUUCACUGUGAAAUUUAACCGGCAAUCUAAGCCACUAACUCAGAAGAUUCAAAUUGCAAAAGCGCCAUAAUAAAAAAUGAAAGGGGACGAAGUGCUUGUAAUGACUUCUCUUGUGAUUAUUUUCGCUGUAUUUUUGCAAAGGAGAAGGAGUUUUAUUCAGCAAAUGAGGCUUAUGUCCUUACAAAUGAGGAAGAUGCGACGAAAUCUUUUAAUUCUGUCAAUUCCAACAACGAAACAACAUUCAGUGCCAUAACUGGGAAGACCACAAUUCUGGUUUAAGGACUAUAGCCAAACAAAUGGAGAAUCCAAUGGGGUCGGUGAGAUUGUAAAUCGAAAGAAAUGACUGUUGGAAUUGUCUACCAUGUUGAAUUUCUCAAGCUCAACCAAGAGGCAAAAGUCUGGAAAGUAAUAUUACCAGAUUGUUUGGCAGGCGUCUGUCAUUACGCGCGACCCGAUUGGCUAUGGCGUUUAUCAGGACAAGUUAUACCAUCUCGCGAGGUAGUAUAACUCUGCGUGAAUUUCCGCU